AACUUAUAAGAAUGUUUUAUUGCCUUUGUGCAUAUUUUUGAAAGUUAAUUUUGAAAAUCAAAACUGCUGAAAUAUUUUUAAUGUCGUGUUAAGGCAGUUAGAAAAAUGUUAUGCAUUUCCUUUGGAUAACCUGGGCGACGUUGUUCGCCGGUAUCGCAGUUUUUACACCAUAUCUGUUUGUUUAUAGAAAUAGAUCUAUUCAGCAACUUAAAGCCAUAAAGAUGGGAAAAUUCGACUAUCCAACUCCAAGAAGAGAUGAUUCAGUAGUAGAUAAUUACCAUGGGACUGAGAUUAAGGACCCAUACAGAUGGAUGGAAGAUCCUGAUGCAGAGGAAACUAAAGCAUUUGUUGAAGCACAGAAUAAAAUCUCAAAACCCUUUAUUGAUGCAUGCCCAGUUAAAGAUCAGAUUGAAAAACGGAUAACUGAAGUGUGGGAUUAUCCAAAAUAUGGCUGCCCCAAAAAACACGGAGAUCAUUAUUACUACUUUCACAACACAGGGCUGCAGAACCAGAGUGUUAUGUACGUGCAAGACUCCAUUGAUGCAGAGCCUCGUGUUUUCCUUGACCCAAAUGCAUUGUCAGAAGAUGGUACAGUGUCUCUCAGAGGUUCUGCUUUUACUGAAAAUGGAUUGGUUUUAGCAUAUGGCUUAAGUGAAAGUGGUUCAGAUUGGGUCACUAUUAAGUUCAAACAAGCCCCGUCUAGUGAAGACUUGCCUGAUGUUCUAGAAAGAGUUAAAUUCUCCAGCAUGACCUGGCUACAUGACCAUGUGGGCUUUUUCUACAAUAGUUUUCCAAAGCAAGGGGGCAAAACAGAUGGUACAGAAACUACAACCAACGUAGACCAAAAACUGUUCUACCACAAGCUAGGUACUAAACAGAGUGAAGAUAUUUUGGUUGCUGAAAUGCCAGCAUACCCUAAAUGGAUGAUUGGUGCCGAAGUUACUGACUGUGGCAGGUAUGUUAUUUUAACACCAAGAGAAGGAUGUGAUCCAGUAAAUAGGCUCUACUAUGUUGACCUAGAGACAUUGACAGAAGGAAUCACAGGAAUUCUACCCUACGUGAAAAUUGUUGAUAACUUUGAUGCUGAAUAUGAGUACAUCACCAACCAAGGCACAUUGUUCACAUUCAAAACAAAUUUGAAUGCACCACAUUAUAAACUGAUAAACAUUGAUUUAACCAAACCUGAGCCAGAAAACUGGGUCACGCUAGUCGAAGAAGAUGAUAAGGCAGUUUUAGAAUGGGCAUCUUGUGUUAAUGAAGACAAAUUGAUUUUAUGUUAUCUCAGGGAUGUCAAGAAUGAGCUGUAUGUGUACGAUCUUGUGUCUGGGGGGCGGAGGUUCCAGUUCCCACUGCCUGUGGGCAGUGUUGUGGGUUUCUCAGGGAAGAAAAAAGGGAAAGAAAUUUUCUACCAGUUUUUGUCUUUCCUUACCCCUGGAGUAAUUUAUCACUGUGACAUGAACACCACAGAUUACAAGCCAAAGCUGUUCAGGGAAAUAUCAGUGAAAAACUUUGAUGCAAAUUUAUUUGAAACUGAGCAAGUGUUCUACAAAAGUAAUGAUGGAACCAAGAUACCUAUGUUUAUUGUCCAUAAAAAGGGCCUAGUCAAGGAUGGAAACAACCCAACACUUCUCUAUGGCUAUGGAGGGUUCAGUAUAUCAGUAACUCCAUCCUUCUCUCCAUCUAGAGUUGUCUUCCUUCAGAACUUGAAUGGAGUCUAUGCUGUUGCCAACAUCAGGGGUGGAGGAGAGUAUGGAGAAACCUGGCACAAGGCUGGCUCAUUAGACAAGAAACAAAACUGUUUUGAUGAUUUCCAGUCUGCUGCUCAAUUCCUGAUUCAUGAAGGCUACACAAGCAGUAAAAAAAUUGUGAUCAAUGGUGGAUCUAAUGGUGGGCUGUUGGUUGGUGCAAGCUUGAACCAAAGACCAGAUCUGUUUGCUGGAGGCAUAGCUCAAGUGGGAGUGAUGGAUAUGUUGAGAUUCCACAAGUUCACAAUUGGUCAUGCAUGGACUUCAGAUUAUGGAUCAAGUGAUGACCCAGAACAAUUUAAUUGGCUCAUCAAAUAUUCACCCCUGCAUACAAUAAAAGAAUCAGACAAGCAUCAAUAUCCUGCACUACUUCUGCUAACUGGUGAUCAUGACGACAGAGUUGUGCCCCUUCACUCACUGAAAUUUAUUGCUGAGCUGCAGCACAAGUAUGGAAAACUUGAAAACCAGACCAACCCAAUCUUAAUACGUGUAGACACCAAAUCAGGCCAUGGCUUUGGUAAACCUACAGCUAAAGUGAUUGAAGAGAUCACAGACAUUUACGCAUUUAUAUACCAGACUGUUGGACUAGAGUGGAAAGACUGAGAAAACAUAUUUUUAUUUUUUUUAUGCAUGUUAUGCAUAUUCAUUCUCAACUUAAACAUCUUUCUAAAGCAGCUAUUGAAAUGUAACAACUCUUUUAUUUAAAUCUUGAAGCAUUCAGAAACAAGUACAUGAUCAAUUUUAACUUUAUAGUACUGUUCAUAUUUUAUUAAUACAUUUUUCACUGAUAUGGGCCUUCUUUUACUCAGGAUUUUUUUUUUACUCCCAAAGUUUUUUUUGCCAUACAGAAAUCCCUUUUAUUUGCUCUAUGGCACUUUUAGUGAAACACUCAUAUACCUUAUUGAACCACAUUCUUUUCUCAUUCAAGUUUAUCAACUGUUUUCUCUCAAUGCUGGAUAUUGAUAUUGCUUAAUCCUUUUACAGGCAUUAAAAAAUAUUCUAUUGUUUUUUCAUGAUAACUGUGUUCAAUUUUAUGAAUACCCAUAAUGAGAGCUUUUCUUUAUUUUAGAAAUUAGUGAAAUAUUUUACAGUUGAUUCAGGUUAGGUUUAGAUUUUAACUUUUUUUAAGAUCUGCUUAUGGAUUUUAAUGAUUUCAUUAGAAGUCAUUCUUUUAUUAUUUAAAUUUGAUUAAUUUUUUUUAUAUUUGUUUCAUUCCUUCUAUUUGAUUUCAAUACACUAAGGUUAUUUUAUACACCUUAUUGUUUUGGAAAUAUUAAUUUUUGGUGCAGAUAAAAAUAAAUAAAAUUUAAAAUUUACAAAUAGUAUAUUUUCUUUGUCUUAGAUAAAACUAAUUAUUUUAUUGAUGACUUAAAAUAUCAUGGUGAUCAAAAACAAUAAUCUCUAUAAAAUAAUUUUAUUUUCUAUCAAUUAGAAUAAGAAAAAUAAACAGAAAAAAGAAUAUUAACUACCAUUCAGAUAUUAAUACACAGAUACAGCAGGAUAAAAUUUAAUGAAAAUUUAACAAUUGUAUGUGGCAAUUAGAGUUUUGAACUAUUUCAAAUUCACUUUGUGUUGUAGACCAAUAAAUUUUGUUUUAAACCAAG